GCUACGGAGCUCACGAGGUAGCAUUAGCUCCUCUUAGAAGGUAGUUUGAAGACAGGUUUGGUGUUUUCGGUAAAUAUUUCCGUGUUUUCAGUGAAAAUAUCUUCAGUUCCGCCUCAGAGAGAGUUUAUCAACGAGCAGGUAACUCCUGCUGGAGAAACAUUCACAGAGUGGAAAGAAAUCAACGUUAAGAUGGAGGAAGAGAUGGAGGAUCAGCGCAGACUGAUGGAUUUUACCCGGAUACCGAGGAUCAUCUUACACCGGAUAGAUCUACCACAGUGCUGGGUGUGUAAAGAGGAGGAGGUUCUCAAUGAAUUCAGCAACCAGGAGAGGAAGUCCACUUCAGAUAAAGAAGAACCAGAACAUCAAGAGUUCAAAGAGGAAGAGAAGCAACUCUGCAUCAGUCAGGAUGAAGAGCAGCUUGUGCUGAAACAAGAGACUGAUGACAUUUUGGUGAAUUCUCUUAAUGUGCAAAGAAUCCACAAUGAAACAGAACCACAGAGGAACCAACUCAUCUCUCAUGGCUCUGCUGAGGAUGAGAACCAGGAUCAGGAAGGAAGCAAUUCUGAGGACUCAGGAGAAAAGAGAGAUGAAGAACAGAAACACAACAAAAGAUGCCAGAAAGAUCUCCCACAAUGUUGUGUGUGUAAAGAGGAGGAGGUUCUCAAUGAAACAGAACCACAGAGGAACCAACUCAUCUCUCAUGGCUCUGCAGAAACUGAGAAUCAGGAAGGAAUCAAUUCUGAACACCCAGCAAAAAAGAGAAAGGAAGAACAGAAACAAAAGGAGAAAUACGAGAAAACCAAAGAGCAGGAAGGCAGAACUGACACUUCAAAACAAGAAAAGCACAAGAAAGCUCACGCAGGGCAAAAAUUAUAUUCUUGUAAAAUUUGUGAUGAAACCUUUUCUCAAAAAGAUAUCUUGCUGAGACACAUAAGAAUUCACAAAGAUGAGCGGCCUUUUUCUUGUGGGACUUGUGGAAAGAGUUACAGUGAAAAACAUACUUUAACUCGGCACAUGAAAAUUCACACAGGUGAGAAGCCUUUCUCCUGUGGGUCGUGUGGAAAACGUUUCUCUCUAAAAGGUACUUUAAAUGUUCACAUGAGAAUUCACACAGGUGAGAAGCCCUUCUCAUGUAGGACCUGUGGAAAGAGUUUCAGUGAAAGAGGGCCUUUAACUCGGCACAUGAGAAUUCACACAGGUGAGAAGCCUUUCUCAUGUGGGUCGUGUGGAAAACGUUUCUGUCAAAAAUGUCAUUUAAAUGUUCACAUGAGAAUUCACACAGGUGAGAAGCCCUUCUCAUGUGAGACCUGUGGAAAGACUUACAGUGAACGAGCGACUUUAACUUAUCACAUGAGAAUUCACACAGGUGAGAAGCCUUUCUCUUGUGGAUCCUGUGGAAAGAGUUUCUCUCGAAAGGACUCUCUAAAUGUCCACAUGAUAACUCACACAGAUGAGAAGCCUUUCUCUUGUGGGUCUUGUGGAAGAGGUUUCUCCCUAAAAACUCAUUUAAAUGUUCACAUGAGAAUUCACACAGGUGAGAAGCCUUUCUAUUGUGGGUCUUGUGGAAGAAGUUUCUCUUGCAAAGAUUAUUUAAAUGUUCAUAUGAAAAUUCACAAUGGUGAGAGGCCUUUCUCUUGUGGGUCUUGUGGAAGAGGUUUCUCCCUAAAAACUCAUUUAAAUGCUCAUAUGAAAGUUCACACAGGUGAGAAGCCUUUCUCUUGUGGGAUCUGUGGAAAGAGUUACAGUGAAAAAGGGGCUUUAACUCAUCACAUGAGAAUUCACACAGGUGAGAAGCCUUUCUCUUGUGGGAUCUGUGGAAAAAGUUUCUCUCAAACAGGUAAUUUAAAUGUUCACAUGAGAAUUCACACAGGUGAGAAGCCCUUCUCAUGUGAGACCUGUGGAAAGAGUUACAGUGAACGAGGGACUUUAACUAAUCACAUGAGCAUUCACACAAGUGAGAAGCCUUUCUCAUGUAGGAGCUGUGGAAAAAGUUACAGUAACAGAAGUUAUUUAUCUCGUCACAUGAAGACUCACUCUGAUGAGAAGCCAUAGGUCCAAAACAGAUCCGAUCCAAUUUGGCAUCUAAUCUUAUGGAAAAUCUGGUCAGAUGAUGUAAACAGCAAGUUGAACAUAUUAAAGUCAACAGAUUCUUCCAGGCUGCUAGUGAUUCACUGUGAUUGUGUCUUUCACUGUCUGACCAAGAUAAACCUGAGGUCUACUUUUGCCUAGCAGCUUGUUUUCCUUAAUCCAGUUUUUUGUUUUAAUUCUCAGUCGUAUUUGUACUUAAGAUCCCCAUCAGUAUCCCAUUAGAUACUGAAGUUAAAGAGGGGAACACAUUCAGACAGGAUUAAUUUCUGUGCAUUUCAGUUUUCAUGGAGUUCUGUACCAUGUAGAAUAAUUGAGUUUAGCUUUUAUUUGAAGUUUCUGUGUAUGACUGGAUGUAAAAUACUUUAGAAAUGAAAGCAGUGAAAUGUUCUUGUUUUUGUAAACAAACGUCUCCUUCCCAUCUCCUCACCCUCCUGAAGUCACCCGGGGAAUCUUAUGGCUGAACUCUCAAGGAUUCGCUCUUGAUUAUUCCACCUUUAUCAGACACUUAUUUGGAGAACAGGCUGUGAGAGACAUGGGCUAAUCUGCAAACACAUCAUAGUUACAGACACACACUCCCUGACCUCAAUGUCUUUGCCAGCUUUUUUUUUUGUCUUGCCAUAUGUGCCAUAUCCUUCCUAAUGUUGUCUUUUCAUCCUACUUAUCAGUUACUUUUUAGAUUAUUGCCUGUUAGACACUGUGGAGUUCUCACUUUUAACCCAGAAAAGGAAUUAGAACAAACUUGAAAUCAAGAGACUCUAGUUUAUUAGUCACUCUUUAGCUUAUUUUUUUUUACGAACUGUACAGUACUCACUAUGUAGACCAAUAUUAUACUUCUUAGAUUAAUGUUUAGAUUAUUAUGCAGAUGGACUCCUAUUACUGCAACCAGAAAAUGAAUUAGAACAAACUUAGAGUCCAGAAAAAAUUCAUUCAGAACAGGAACAUUAAGUUUUUAUUAUUACUUAGAAA